AGCCGUUGUAAGAAAGAGCUUAGCAGUAGAAUAGAAUGAGAGAACAGAGAAACCAAAUGGUAGUUGGCGCCAAAAGAGAGAAAAAUAAAACGAAAAAAUGGGAAAAAAAACAGCGGAAGCUUAACUUGACGGCAAUGGCGACUCUGCAACCAACUGAAAAAACUCAUCCAACAUUAGGUGAGGAGCUAGAAUUCCGCACAUCUCUUUCACGCCUUAAAGAAACCAUCUGAUAACAUCCACCCCCUCACAAUCUUCAUCUCCAUUCCACGCACUUCCCUGGCUCUCCCUUGAAGUCGCCAUGGAAGCCAAUGCUGGACUGGUGGCCGGCUCCCACAACCGAAAUGAGCUCGUCGUCAUACAUGGACACGAAGAGAUUAAGCCACUGAAGAACUUGGAUGGACAAUUUUGUGAGAUAUGCGGUGACCAAAUUGGGGUUACUGUCGAAGGAGACUUGUUCGUCGCUUGCGACGAAUGUGGGUUCCCUGUGUGCAGGCCUUGCUAUGAGUACGAACGAAGGGAAGGCACUCAGAACUGUCCUCAGUGCAAGACCCGCUACAAGCGCCUCAGAGGGAGCGCCAGGGUUCCGGGAGACGAGGAUGAAGAGGAUGUGGACGAUAUCGAACACGAGUUCAACAUCGAAGAUGAGCAAGAGAGGACCAAGCAUCUUACUGAGGCAAUGCUUCAUGGCAAGAUGACGUAUGGAAGAGGCCACGAUGACGAGGAAAACAGCCAGUUCCCACCUGUCAUAACUGGCAUCAGAUCAAGACCGGUGAGCGGAGAGUUCCCAGCUGGAGCAUAUGGAGAUCAAACGGCUUCUUCACUCCACAAGAGAAUCCACCCAUAUCCUGUUUCAGAAGCUGGGAGUGCAAGGUGGGAUGAGAAGAAAGAAGCCGGAUGGAAAGACAGAAUGGACGACUGGAAGCUGCAGCAGGGGAACUUGGGACCUGAACAGGAAGAUGAUAUAGAUGCAUCCAUGGUCGAUGAAGCAAGGCAGCCACUUUCAAGGAAAGUACCGAUUGCUUCGAGCAAGAUCAACCCUUACAGAAUGAUUAUUGUCGCUCGUCUAGUGAUCUUAGCAUUCUUCCUUCGUUAUCGAAUUCUGAACCCUGUCCAUGAUGCUAUUGGUCUCUGGCUGACUUCCAUCGUUUGUGAGAUCUGGUUUGCCUUCUCAUGGAUUCUCGAUCAGUUCCCUAAGUGGUUCCCUAUCGAUCGAGAGACCUAUCUUGACCGCCUGUCUCUCAGGUAUGAGAGGGAAGGUGAACCAAACAUGCUCGCUCCAGUGGACGUAUUCGUCUGUACAGUCGAUCCAAUGAAGGAACCUCCACUUGUCACGGCCAACACGUUACUCUCAAUCCUGGCUGUGGACUACCCUGUGGAAAAGCUCUCGUGCUACCUCUCCGACGAUGGUGCUUCGAUGUGCACAUUUGAAGCCAUGUCCGAGACAGCUGAAUUCGCUCGCAAGUGGGUCCCAUUCUGCAAGAGACACAGCAUAGAGCCCAGAGCACCUGAGUUUUACUUCUCCCUGAAGGUUGAUUACCUGAAGGACAAAGUCCAUCCCAAUUUUGUGAAGGAACGUCGAGCUAUGAAGAGGGAAUACGAAGAGUUCAAGGUGAGGGUCAAUGCAAUAGUAUCAAAAGCGCAGAAGGUACCUGCCGAAGGCUGGAUCAUGCAGGAUGGAACUCCAUGGCCUGGAAACAACACAAAGGAUCACCCCGGCAUGAUCCAAGUGUUUCUUGGUCAUAGUGGAGGCUAUGAUGUCGAAGGAAAUGAACUACCUCGCCUGGUUUAUGUAUCUCGUGAGAAGAGGCCUGGAUUUUCACAUCACAAGAAAGCUGGUGCCAUGAAUGCCAUGGUUCGAGUCUCUGCCGUGCUGACCAAUGCUCCUUUCAUGCUGAAUCUUGAUUGUGACCAUUACAUAAACAACAGCAAGGCCGUGAGAGAAGCUAUGUGUUUCUUGAUGGACAUCCAGACUGGAAAGAAAAUUUGUUAUGUUCAGUUUCCUCAGAGAUUCGAUGGCAUUGACAGAAAUGAUCGUUAUGCCAACAGAAACACUGUGUUUUUCGAUAUAAACAUGAAAGGACUGGAUGGGAUUCAGGGACCGGUUUAUGUCGGUACAGGAUGCGUGUUCAGGAGGCAAGCUCUGUAUGGCUAUGAUCCUCCAAAGGGUCCCAAGAGGCCAAAGAUGGUUAGCUGUGACUGCUGCCCAUGCUUUGGACGUCGCAAGAAGAAGCUGGCAAAGCCUGGUGCAAAUGGAGAAGUAGCCAGCUUAGAAGGUGUACCAAUGGGAUCUUUACUGAUGCUGUGUUCUGAUAUGGAUUCUUUCCCAUUUACAGGAGUGGAUGAUGAUAAACAGCUGCUGAUGUCCCAUAUGAACUUUGAGAAGAAAUUUGGACAAUCAGCCAUUUUUGUAACUUCAACUUUAAUGGAAGAAGGAGGUGUCCCUCCUUCCUCCAGCCCUGCAGCCUUGCUCAAAGAAGCCAUCCAUGUUAUCAGUUGUGGCUAUGAAGACAAAACAGAAUGGGGCACAGAGCUUGGCUGGAUUUAUGGUUCAAUUACAGAAGAUAUUCUUACUGGAUUCAAGAUGCAUUGCCGUGGCUGGAGGUCCAUCUAUUGUAUGCCGAAGAGGCCAGCAUUCAAGGGUUCAGCACCCAUUAAUUUGUCCGAUCGGUUGAACCAAGUGCUUCGAUGGGCUCUUGGUUCAGUUGAAAUCUUCUUUAGUCGGCAUAGUCCUCUCUUGUAUGGAUACAAGGAUGGAAACCUCAAGUGGCUUGAGAGAUUUGCAUAUGUCAACACAACUGUUUACCCCUUCACCUCGCUACCACUUCUGGCCUACUGUACUCUUCCAGCCAUCUGCCUGCUCACAGACAAAUUCAUCAUGCCAGAGAUUAGCACCUUUGCAAGUCUCUUCUUCAUAGCUCUCUUCCUCUCAAUCUUUACCACGGGUAUUCUCGAGCUUCGGUGGAGUGGAGUGAGCAUUGAAGAAUGGUGGAGAAACGAGCAAUUCUGGGUCAUUGGUGGUGUGUCAGCUCACCUCUUUGCAGUUGUGCAAGGUCUCCUCAAAGUUCUGGCCGGUAUUGAUACGAAUUUCACUGUCACCUCCAAAGCCACAGAUGACGACGACUUUGGAGAACUUUACGCCUUCAAAUGGACGACCCUCCUCAUACCUCCAACCACCAUCUUAAUCAUUAACCUUGUAGGAGUUGUUGCUGGAGUCUCGGAUGCCAUAAACAACGGAUACCAAUCAUGGGGGCCUCUGUUUGGGAAGCUGUUCUUUGCCUUCUGGGUUAUCGUUCAUCUCUAUCCUUUCCUGAAAGGUCUUAUGGGAAGACAGAACAGGACUCCGACCAUUGUAGUCAUCUGGUCUGUGCUCUUAGCUUCAAUUUUCUCAUUAUUGUGGGUUAGGAUUGAUCCGUUCGUCAUGAAAACCAAGGGUCCUGACACCAAGAAAUGCGGGAUCAACUGCUGAAAAACUUUUCUCUUUCUGUAACCUUUUGAUACUGGUGCCAGAUUUAUUCACACAAGCACUUCACUUUGUCUUACAGGAAUAAAGCCAUAGUGAGAAAUUUUUGUGCCGCAAUAGAACAUGUACCCAGUUUUGUCUUGAAGUCGGAGUGAUAGUGAAGUGGCUGUCAUGAUGAUAUCUCCACACCUUGAGCCAACUGCUUAAAAUCAGUUCUUCUCUUCUUCCAAAAGCAAUAAGCAUAACAAAUCAUGUCCACAGUUCCAGUGCCUCAGGGAUAAGUAAUGAACAGAAAUGUGAUAGCAGUCGUGUUAUGCAAAGCUUUCACUAGCAUGAACAUAUCUGUUGCAUGUUCAAUUGGGUAAUAGAUAUAGAAGUUAAAACCCGAUUCAGAACUCGGAAGCUUAACUCGACAACCACUAGCUUUAAUAAUAUUCAAGUCAAGUGCAAGGCAGGGCAGGAAAAUCCAAAAAAUACCACCGUUCAGGCUUCUUGGCCAUGCUGAACAAACUUUCACCAGUAAUCUCCACAAGAACACACACCAUCCUCGAAACGAUGAAAUCGAUUGGCAUCCCUUGCGACGAUAACUCUCUGAGUAACCCUAGAUAUAUACUUUGACGCAGUAUGGCAGUCCAGACAAAUGCGGAGGUUCUUGAAGAUCCUUAUCUCAGUUCCAGGCUCAGUAGAUAAUAGACCAAAAGCAAUGGCUAGCUUCUCACUGUGAACAUUCACCAUCAACUCCUUCUCUUCCUCCUCCACAUCAUGCAAUGAAGUCAUAGUCUCUGCCUGAUACCCUGCUUCCUUCAUCUUUCCAUUCAAUCUCUCGAGCUCUGCAUAUAUAGCUCUCGAUAGUGGAUGAGACCAGUCGCCCGCCUUGAAUACAUGAGGUUUCUGAUGAAUCUCAAUCAGAGUACAUCCUGGAGUCUUUGAGAGGUUUCUCUUCUUAGCUACUUGCCUAACAAAUGCAGCUC